AUGAUCACCUACCUCGACUUUGCCGAAGACGACAUUCAGAAGGUCGAGGACGUGCUGCUGCAGUGCCGCACAAAGGCCGAAGGAUCACGACGCUAUGGCGCGCCUCGCUACGCGCCCAGGGCUGCCAUUGAGGUGCAAUACAUCAAGUUCAUCGACCCUGAGCAUACAUCUCUGCGAAGGGUCCACAACUGCUUCGAAUCGGCGGGCAAGAGUACGCCGCGGAUGUGGAGGCGCCAUCCUUUAUGGAGAGAUAACGGUGAAAGCAAGUGCUUCAACUGUGGGCAGCCUGGCCACUCGGUCGCCGAGUGUCCCGAACCUCGAGACCAGGCAGCAAUACAGCGCAACCGAAGAGAGUUCCUGGACUCGACUCCAGUUCGCUUCACGGGAAGGUACGCUACGUCGCAGAAGGUGUUGCUCGACAAGUUCAAGCCGGGCGAACUCUCGGAGGAGCUCAAGCAAGCUCUAGAUAUCCUUUUCACCCUCCUUCACGAACCUCGCAUGGUGAUUGAGUCCACGCUUGUUGUCCUUGACUCGUAA